AUGGACAUUAACGUAGCAUCCCUGUGGAGAGAGACGGCACACCAAUUCGACCCACCUCACUACCGAGACGAGGCUACAGAGGAUCAGAUCUCGGUCGCACAGGUACGUCGCACCACGGUCAGUCGUGCUCGAUCACCGAUCAUUUGCACUGAGAGCGCGCCUCCUAUCUCGGUACGACGUUGUGACAAGCAGGCGUGGCCACUCUGCGUCGCUCACCUCAACCCGGCAGCGCACGCCCAGAACUUGCACACCGACUACUUUGAGCCUCCUGUCAUCGUCAGAGCCGCUCAGGCCGUAGAGCGAGCCGGGCUCAGUGAUCGGCUCUUUGACGACUAUCUACGUCAGUACUGUCCCCCAAGCGUUUGGUCUCAUAAACUCUGUCAGCUCACGUCAUCUCAAUCUCACCCGCAGUGGCCAUCAAGGACACAUUCCAUGUCGUUCAGGCCGAGGUGCUCGAUUGUCUCGAUCGGUUCUGGGUCGGUGACCUCAAUCGGCAGCCUUUUCCCUUCAGGGCAGCCAAGCUGACUGACCGGCUUGGAUCGCUACAUCAUAGUCAUCAUCGGGCGAUCAUCAACCGCUCGCCGUGGUUCAACUUCUUCACCGCGUCGGACUCAUCCUCGACCGAUGGCAGCAACCGCUCUCCACUUUUUGGCCGUCAGUCCAAUUAGGUCACGUGCACCACGCGUCGAACAUCUGAGCCCCGCUGAUACACUCAUUUUCACCAAAUCACGCCAGGUCAUCAACGGCCCUCGCGAAAUACAAACGACAUUGUCUGAACUGCCUGUACGCAGUCUUACCCCCCGAGUUCACCCAAGCGCUCGGUGUCUAUCUUCGGUACCUCUUGCACCUCUCCCCACCCCUCGGUUCGCUUCCUCCCAACCAUGCCCACGCCUUGUCGACCUUGAUCCCGCUCUUGGACCGCUACGACCCACUCUUAUUCGGGCUGAUAUACGAGGAGAUCGAGAAAAAGGUUGCGCGGGAUUGUAAAGGCGUGUUCGAUCAACUCCAGCUACAAGCAUUGCUCGGUUGGGUCAACGGGCCGGUCCUGAAUUGGGUGGCGGGCCUGUACGAGAAGACUCUGUCCGACGGGGCAGCCGGGUCCGAAGACGCGAAAAAGCUGCUCAAGCCUACAUUCACACGGUUCGAAUACCAUGUGCACAAGACAAUGGGUGUCGUAAGGUACGCUUGGAUUAUGUCCCGGGGAUUAUGUGGAGGCGGAAAAGCUGACGCGUGUGGUGCCCUAUUCGUGCAGGGCGUCAGAGAUGUUUGACAUCAUCGUCAACUUUCCAAGAUCAACACCUGCUUUGGAAGACCUCAAAGUGAGCUCGGAAUGUCGUUCGGACCCUCAAGAAACUUAGCUCACUCGGCCGUCUUGCAGGUUUGCCUUCUCAAAACAGACCAGCGAGCCAUCAUCGUCAACAAGCUGCGACAUCUCAACGAACAACGAUUGCUGCACCCGGGAGUCGAUACGAAGGAUAUCAUAAGCCAAUACAUUGCUUCGAUCAGGUGUCUGCGUCUGCUAGACCCGCAGGGCGUGCUUUUAUCAAGGAUUGCGGAUCCAAUACGACAAUAUCUUCGGUGCGUCAUCAGAUUGCUCACAUCGAUUAUCAGUCUGCUAACAUUCUCCCUUUCGUUUUCAGAGCUCGGGAAGAUACCAUCCGAUGCAUCGUUUCGUCGUUGAUUGAGGAAGGCAACGAGUUGGUCAAAGAGUUGGCAAUUUCGGGUGCAAAACCUGUUCAGGAUGCCAAAGAUGAAGCAGAGAACUACAACGACCCCAAAUGGACCCCUGACCCAAUCGAUGCGCCUGCGGGUCAGUCUUGCAAAUGCGAGCACAAGGCAGUUUCUCUUUGCUGACAUCACCUUCUAACCUCUAUGGCACGUUCAGAUUUCCGAAAAAGCAAAGGAAGUGACAUCAUACAACUCCUUGUCAGCAUCUACGACACCAAGGAUGUCUUCGUCAAAGAAUUGCAAGUCCUGUUGGCCCAACGACUCUUGGCCGUGAAGGACUAUGCAUUCGAGAAGGAGAUUAAGAAUGUCGAGGUGUUGAAAGUUAGGUUCGGGGAGGCGAGUCUGCAAGGGUGCGAGGUCAUGAUUCGGGAUCUGCAAGAUUCCAAGGCUAUCGAUGUGGCUGUUCAUGAGCGGAAUCAGGUGCGUGGAUCUCUAGGCGCCCUUAGUGGUGACUGUCGACCGUCGACUGACCCCGCGAUUCAAUGAAUGUGCAGGGUGUUCCUUUGCACGCGACCAUUGUUUCACGUUUGUUCUGGCCGUCCUUCCAGCCCGCCCCGCUCAAGUUGCCUGGUCACCUCGGAAGGUGAGCUCGCAUACGUGUUGGACGUACAAACAGAGCAAGACCUUACUUUACUUAUCACUUUACAGAGCUCAACGCGAAUACGAUCAAGCGUUCACGGCGCUCAAGCCCGAGAAAAAGUUGCGAUGGCUUCCCCAGCUCGGCACAAUCAACAUCACAGUUGAUCUGCGCGAUCGAAGUUUGACUCUCGACGUCACACCUUUGCAAGCUUCGGUGCUUGAAGUGUUUCAAUUGCGAAGUACGAGAUCUUGCUAUGAAGGGGAAGCGCCGAGUGACUUCGCGCUGACGCGUAAAUUCGUACCGUGCAGCCAUUUGGACCGCCGAUUCGAUCGGUGACGAGUUGCGGAUCAUCGACACCGUGGCCAUUCGCAACGUUCUCUACUUCUGGAACAACCACGGGGUGCUCAAGAGCUUACCGGACGAUGAGUGGAAGCUGCUCGAGUUCACCGAUGCAGCGACGGAGAAGGCUGCUUCGCAUGGUGAGCGACUUCUGUCUGACAACCGGCUGCCUGAAACGAAUUUGAGCCGACGACCAUCCCACUCCGUUCGCCGCAGUGAUCGAGGAGGAGGCUCAAGCCGUGCAAAGCGUCGAAGCGCAACAAAUCGAGCAGGUUCGUACCCUAAGUGCUCCGUGUUCUGGAGCCACUCGGUUUGACACCUUCUCAUAUUUUACGAGCACAGAUGCGAGUCUACUGGCAGUACAUCAAGGGCAUGGUAUGUUUUUCGGCCCACUCCGGCCUUCGACGAAAAGCUAUGGCUGGUCCUGAUCAUCGGACCGAAAACUUUGCCUCGCAGCUGCUCAACCUAGGCGCCUUGCCGAUCGCUCGGAUUCAUUCCACCCUCAACAUGCUCGUCCCCACCUACAAGGGCAAAACGACGGACGAACUUGUCGCGUUCUUGGAUGCUAUGCGGAUCGAGGGCCUGGUGGAGAAGACGGCGAACGGAUCGUGGAAGAUUGUGAAAUGA